GUGAUACUGCUCUCUUCGACCGUCACCGCAACGUCAAUGCAUCAACGUACAACACAAACUAACCGUCCUUCCUUUGAAUUCCCACUCAACGGUCGUAUUCCCCCAAGCUGCUUGGCAGAAAGCUUAUCUGCAGACACUCCUAAGACGAAGCGGCCCUGAUCUCAUGUAUCAUGACGUUGGUGACAGCUUUUUGCGACGCCUCUCCAAGGAAACAGCACACAAGGAGUUUUUGCCAUGUCGACGUACUGGAAAUAAUCGCAUCGCUGUCAUCGUGACCCACAAGCUCCCACCCUGUGAAGCCAAGACGUCCGAGCCUAGCCAAAACUCUAGGGAAAAACUCCGUUCACCACGCUCGUCUAGUGCUCGAUAGACUACCCAUUGCAUCGCCCCCGAGAAGGUACCCACGAUGGGUCUUCCCUAACUAUCCUUGCGACAGCUCCUUUGUCGUCGGUGUUGCCCAUAGGCAUCUAUUGUGUAUGCGACAUCGUCAGGACGCUUAUGCCGCACCGUGCGCCAGGAUGGCCGUGCUUGUCGCGGAUUGUGCACAGAGUCGACCCCACCGUUGUCAAUCCGUCGGCUUUUGCGAUGCAAAACAGAAAGGCUAGACAAGACACCGGUACUGCGGAAACAUGUUGUCUUGGCUGUGAUUUUAAUGUUUGGAUUGGCUCCUGGAUUGAAAACGUGCUCUUGAUACCCGAUGGGAUACGUUGGGUGGUAGCGGUGUGCUAUUGGCAAGUACUAUGAGCGAACUUAUUCACGUUUGCGUUGCUAUCUUUUGCUAACACGGAAUACUUCAAGCUCUAUUUUCUCAGCCACAGAAUUUCAUCUUCGGAUGGGUCUUUCUAGGCUAUGGAUCCUUCUGCCUUAUUUUAACGGACGGCCUUCGCAACGUUCCAAAGCUUGCGGUUGCAUAUGAUCAUUAUCAUCUUUCGAGUGAUUCUAGUAAUCUGUCCUUUUAUAUAUCGGCUGAAAGUCCUUUUCUUUGGAUUCCUCAUAUGUAUAGCUUUGUAAAUGUUACACGCAGUGACGAGUUGGCGAUGUCGUUUUCGUCGCGUUACCUCUGUCGCCCUAUGCCACCGGAAGGCACAUGCUCAUUUCUCGUGUUUACACCGUUGGUUUGAUUUUCUUUGCAAUUUUGCAAAUCCAGAUAUGACACUCAACUCGUUUCACCCAAUAACGGCCCCAUAAGUCUUCUGGUUCAUUUCCACGAUCUCCAGACGGACAGGAGCCAGGAUGGGCCAAGUUGGGAAGUGAAUGUAUUUGCAAGAGCUUCUGUUUGGAUCAUUGAUAUCGGCGAAAAAAAGUCGGCUUUGAAGAUCCUCCGUGCUCAGGUGGUGCUAGAUUAUAUACACAUGCUUAAAUUAUCUUCU